AAUAUCCUCAAAUUGAAACACACACAACACACACUAAACCCAAAAAAAAAAUCCAAUCAAAUCAGGCAUGGGCGUGGUGAUAAUCGACGGCACGACGGUGAAGGCGUUCGUGAACGACGAGGCGCAUUUCCAGAAGAGCAUGGACGAGGCGUUCGCGUCGCUGGACGCCAACCACGACGGCGUGCUGUCGCGGUCGGAGCUCCGGCGCGCCUUCGAGUCGAUGCGGCUGAUCGAGACCGACUUCGGCGUGGACGUGGCGACGCCGCCGGAGGAGCUGACGAAGCUCUACGAUUCCAUCUUCGCCAAGUUCGACUGCGACAACAGCGGCACCGUGGACCAGAAGGAGUUCAGGGAUGAGAUCAGGAACAUCAUGCUCGCCAUCGCCGAGGGGCUCGGCUCCAACCCCAUCCAGAUGGCGCUCGAGGACGGCGAUAAGAAUCUCCUCAAGCAGGCCGCCGAUCUCGAGGCUUCCAAGAUCAAGACUGCUAAGGUUGACUGAUGCUUUUAAGAUUUCAAAUUGAAAUUACUAGUAGUAAUAAGUUUGUUGAGACAAUCAAAAUUCGCUUUUUCUCUUUCUCUGCCAACUGUGUUUGGUGCUGAGGUUUCCUUGUAAUAUACACAAUGGAAUUUUAUUGUCUUCA